AUGGAUGAAAACUUUCAGUUCGUUCAUACAUCCACGAAUUUUGUAGGACUGAAUGCGCCAAUGCUACAGUCAUCAUCAAUUGACCUAACAGCGAUGUACGACCUUCUUGAUCACUUACUGAGUGGAACUGCUUUAUCAGUUGUUUUAUCACUCGUCAUAUCCACAGCAGUGCUUAUUUCGACCACAUUUCACCUCGUCAUCUCUUUUGCAGCCAUUUUCUCCAUAUCAAUCGUUAUCCUUUUGACAUUUGCGAUCGUUUUAUGGUGUGGCUGGUCGAUAAAUGUUGUCGAAGCAACGUUAAUUGUGCUAACAAUUGGUCUCAGUUUCGAUUACUCACUACACGUGGCCGUUUCGUUCAAACUGAGCAAACGUCACGAUUUCAAGAGUGUUUCAUCAACAGUUGGUGUGCCGGUACUGCUGGCCGCAGUUUCGUCGUUCUUGGCCGGUUUCGCAAUGAUAUUUGCACAGACUCAACCGUUCUUCGAGAUCGGCUUCUUUUUAAUGAUUAUGACUUCGUUGAGUAUUGUCAUCGCUUUAUUGGUGUUACCAUCCAUACUCACUAUUGCAUUUCAACCGUUCCUCACAAGAAUCACACCACUUUAG